AAAUGGCGACACAUUUAUUUAGAGAAGCUAAGAGGAUUGGAUUGAUGGGCAGAGACUCUGUGUGGAUAGUUACGGAUUCUAUCACGAGUGUUCUGGAUUCGGGUGACCCUUCUUUUGUUACAUCUAUGGAAGGUGCUAUUGGAACCAGGGCGUAUUACUCUGAAGAAACUAGUAGUUUUAUGGAUUUCAAAGCUCAAUUUCGCGAAUUUAUGAAAUCAGAUUAUCCAGAGGAGGAUCAUUUGGUGCCUGGAGUUGAUGCCUUGCGCGCAUAUGAUAGCGUUAAGGCUAUAUCUCAGGCUGUAACAAGAUUAGGGAGUGAUGAAAAAACUAAUUCAGAAACAUUGCUGAAAGAAAUUCUGUCAAGUGACUUUCGAGGUCUGAGUGGGGAUGUUAAAUUUCGCGAUGGAAGUUUAUUGGAUUCUUCGUAUCUGAAAAUCAUAAAUAUUGUAGGAAAGAGUUACAAAGAACUCGGAUUCUGGACAUCAGAACACGGAUUCUUGAAAAAUGACAGUCGAGUUGAUAAUAGUACUCCCAGUAUGAAAAAAUUGGACAGUGUGGUGAACUGGCCGGGUGAUUUAACCCGGGAUCCGAAAGGAUGGACAAUGCCCAGUGAUGCAAAGAGACUGAGGAUUGGAGUUCCUGGAGCAACAGGCUUUCAGAAGUUUUUGAAGGUGGAAACAGUUGAAGAUAAUGUAGAAUAUUCUGGAUUCUGCAUUGAUGUCUUCUACGAAGUUAGGAAUAUUCUGGAAAAGAGUUAUCCUAUGCCUUAUGAUUUUAUUCCCUUCCAUGGAUCCUAUGAUGAAUUGGUCAUGAAUCUUACAGAGCUGGGAAAUGAGACUUUCGAUGCUGUGGUGGGCGAUAUAACUAUACUGGCAAAUCGAUCGAAAUACGUGGAGUUCACGCAGCCAUUUGCUGAGUCUGGCUUGUCAAUGAUGGUCCAGUACAAACAUGAACCAAGCAAAGCUUGGUUGUUUCUGAAGCCUUUCAGUCCUCAAAUGUGGCUAGCGACAUUCACCAUUUUGUUCUACACGAUGUUCAUUGUUUGGUGCUUUGAGCGAAAAUCGAACCCAGAAUUCAAAGGACCGUUCAAAGAUCAGCUGAGCAUGGCUCUUUGGUUCACUUUUUCGACUAUGUUCUUUGCACACAGGGAAAAGGUUUACAGCAACUUCACGAAAAUGGUGGUUGUGGUCUGGCUGUUUGUCGUGCUGGUUCUUACGUCCAGUUACACAGCUAGUCUGAGUUCGAUGCUUACUGUUGAAAGACUCGAGCCAAGGGUGAAAGACAUAGAUACGAUCAAGAAGACGAAUGCAACAGUUGGCUGUGAUGGUGAUUCUUUCGUUAAAGAUUACCUGAGAAAAGUACUGGGACUCGAACACAUUAAAACCAUCGGUAACCAGACUGAUUAUCCUUAUGAAUUCGACGGAGGAAAUAUUGCAGCAUCAUUCCUUGAGCUUCCAUACCAGAAAGUUUUUAUGGAAGAGUAUUGCAAUCAGUAUACUACUGUUGGACCUACCUACAGAUUCGGAGGACUAGGAUUUGCUUUCCAGAAAGGAUCUCCUAUAGCUAGAGAUGCGUCGGAAGCCAUCUUAACUAUCUCUGAAAACGGCGUUCUUAAGAGCCUGGAAAGAAAAUGGUUUCCUUCAUCAAAGAACUGUUCUGCCUCAACAAACAUGGAUAGCCUCACCAUUGAGAGCUUCUGGGGAAUAUAUCUCAUCUCUGGUGUCACGUCUACAGUCUGCCUGAUCAUUUUCAUCGCCAAAGUAAUAGUUCUUCGACUAAACCAAGGUCACAACCAGAGAAAUCAAGUUAGUAGAGACAAUCCAGCUGAAGGGGGAAGCUGGAGAAAAGCUAUUGCACUUGUAAAGUAUAUUCAUAAUAAUAACAGCAGAAUAUCUCCGGUGAGAAGAACUCCAUCCUUCUACAGGGGAGAAGAAAUGGGCUCGUCGAGGUGGGAAUUGGUGAGUCCUUCGGAGGCUCUAGAUCAUGGCAUCGAACAACCUGAGAUCAGAGUUCCAGAACAAUCAUCCCGGCCACCUGAGAUUCAAAUUCCAAUACCAAAUCUCGAUUCUAUAGUUAAUCAUGAAAAUUAAUGAUCAUUAGAAGGUUCUAUUCAUUUAUUUUAUUAUGUCAGAUUGUACAAUGUACAUAUAUGAUCAAGUAGAUUACGUUUAGCUGCUUA